UGUCGGGGUAAGUCCCUGACGUCAUCAUCACGCGCUAACUAGCGGCCCCUAACUAGCAGACUUGCAAACAUAGAACCUCUUUCUCGCAAUGACGAACGAAGCUGGAUAGCCCAAUGCUGAAAAAUGUUUUCCUGUCCCCAUGCAGCGUUCCUGAUAUUUGAGCAAUCGUUGCCGACAACCAUUGAUGAUUUAUACGAAAAAGUCGAUAUCCGAGAUGCAGGAAUCAAGCCAGGCUCCUCUUAACGACGACUACAAGGCACCAAUGGUAAGGGGCACCAAUUGUAAGCACUACUCGCGAGACACGUGUCUCAUGCACUUCCCUUGCUGCCCAAAAGAUCACUUUUACCCUUGUCACAAAUGCCACAAUGAAAUGAUGGAAGAUGAAACCUUGUGGAAUAACAAAGCUGACAACGAAAAACAGUCAUCCACUGAUGAGAAUGAUAUUGAUAAUGAUGACAGUGAAAUAAAAAAUAAAAAUGACAGUAACAAACAGAUGGAUUCAGUUGAUACCAUGGAAUCAAUAGCUCUGGCGUCAUCAUCAGAAUCAAUAAAGCGUCAUGGUUCAGUGGAUAGCAAGUCAGUGGAUUCAGUCAAAUGCACUCACUGCCAUGUUGACCAGGAGUUGUCCCAGCAUUGCACCUAUUGUGAAAAGAAGUUUGCUUUCUAUUUCUGCAAUAAAUGCAAACUGCUGGGGGACAGUAAGGAGCUUGAUCCUUACCAUUGUGACAAAUGUGGAGUGUGCAGAGCUUACAAAAGCGAGUACUAUCACUGUGAUGGCUGCAAUUUGUGUAUGGACAAAAAACUGUUAAACAACCAUAAAUGCAUUGCUGACAGCCAAAGUGAUGAAUGUGCAGUUUGUCUACAGGAAGUAUUUUCUGGAUGUCUGGUGUUUCCAUGUGGACACAAGGUACACGAGGACUGUGCACUAAACUUGGUCAUGACAGGGAACAGCAUCAACUGUCCUGUUUGUCGUCAGCCAUUUCUGGAUCUCAAUUCAAAAAAACCUGGACUUGUCAAAAGACUUUGGCGGUGGUGGAAUUCCUGAAGAAGUAGCUAAAAGCCAUCCUGUGCUGAUAGCUUGAAAAAAACAUAAAACAAAACAGAUUUUCAGACUAGAUUAAAUCACCUUUAACUAUCAGAUAGUUUACAGGGUUCUGGCUGGGAUUUGCUGAAAUGAAAUGUGUGGCAUAUGGAUUUUAUGCAAAUAAUGUAGUUAAUCCAGUGCUAUGGUACCCAUAGUGGCCGAGGGUCCAUUGUAUGCAAUUCGACCCCAUUUGACAAAUCUGGCCACGAUUCUUUGAGCUGUGGACGUUCUACCUCUAAGAGUCUGCCACAAAAUUACAUCACCUUCCUCUUUGAACAAAUGGCCGUAUACCAUGUAUAUUCUUUAUGUCCCGGAUAAGGGCAGAUACAGGGGGGGGGGGGGGAUUUUAGAGAAAAAAAAAACAAUUGAAAAGUCAUCACUUUGUUUGAAGAAAAUAAGUGUCUGAGGGACAUAAGGUACUGUCUAUGUACCUUCUCCUGCUUGACUUUGCUGACAUGUGAUGCAUGGUUAGAUCAAUGGGACCUACCAAGAACCAUUGGAUCAGUUAAAAGCCGUCUAUCUGGCUAUUAUCCAUCCCCUGAAGGCACUUAUUCAGCCCUAAUUUCAAAAUGCUUUAUAUCUCUAGAUAAAAAGGUGCCUUUUAACAAUGUUAAUCCUCCCAGAACCAGAACAAAACAAGCAGUCAAUCAUAAAAUUGUGUGGAAGGUAGUCAGUUAUUGUAGCUUCCCUUUCUAACGGUCAGUCAUCAAACCCAUCAUCGGAGUCUAUUGAGUGCAGCAAGCCUAGGCAAGGUGCUCAUCCGGAGGAGGAGCAUAUCCAUUUUUUUUCCUAUUAGGCAAGAAGCUCACUUAGAGGGCAGGGGCGUAUCCAGGGGGGGUGGCCCAGGGCGCCCGCCCCCCCCCCCCCCCUUAUAGCAGCCAAAAAUACAGUAAAUGUAUGAGACAUUAUCUAAACUGCAGGAAAAAAUGCCUUUGAAAUGACCCUUUGGGCCCCCUCCUGUUAAAAACCCUGGCUACGCCGCUGGGAGAGGCGCUUACUUGGGGGAGGCGCUUUUUCGAGCAACUACAGUAAAAAGAUAUUGAAAUAAAAUAAUUGAAUCGA